CCCGUUAAAAUCACUAAAGAGGAAUCCAAAUGAUAAGAAUUCGAAAUGAGAAAUCUUAUCACCUGGCGUGAAUUUAAGAUUUUACAAUUACUGUAUCGUAGUUUUAAAAAAGGCUAAAAAGCCAACUGUACUGUUGCUUCGACUGCCUCUCUUAAUCAGCCCGCAGAGGAGCGGAUGCCGCACUACCCAGUAUAAAAACUGCGCCUGUUAUUUUAAUUACUGUUUCCCGAUCCACCACUCGCCUUGCAGCGCCCAUCCGGCCCAUUUCAUCCUCUUAUCAGCUUCACGCUCAACAAACCAAGCGCACCAUGCCGACAACCGUGGCUGCUGAUAAUGGACGUGCGGAGCAGGAGACAGUCAAAAAGGGGAAUGUCAAAACGAGUCCCAAAAUGGGCAAGAAGACCCUUACUCUGGACACCAUGAAUCCCCAUAUCAAAGUGAUGGAGUACGCCGUUCGAGGACCGAUUGUUAUUCGGGCUGGAGAACUGGAGAUGGAACUGAAGAAGGGUGCGAAAAAGCCAUAUAAAGAGAUAAUCCGAGCAAAUAUCGGAGAUUGCCACGCUACUGGACAAGUUCCCAUCACGUAUAUUCGCAAUGUGUUGACUUUAUGUAUCAACCCGAAGCUUCUUGACUCUCCCGAUUUUGCUCCCGAUGUGAAAGAGCAUGCGAAGCGUAUAUUAUCUUCCACCCGUGGCGGUUUGGGUUCCUACACGGACAGCACUGGCUUGGAUGUGGUGCGACAAGAUGUUGCUGAUUUUAUCAAGAGACGCGAUGGCAUUGCAGCUGAUCCAGAUAACAUAAUUUUGACGGCUGGUGCCAGCGAAGGAAUUAAGGCUUUGCUCAAGUUGAUUAAUAACGAAAAAAAUGGACAAAAACCUGGUGUUAUGGUUCCUAUUCCACAGUAUCCCCUGUAUUCGGCAACAAUAGCUGAAUAUGGUAUGGAACAGAUUGGUUACUACCUUGACGAAGAUAACAACUGGGCUCUGGAUAUUAACGAGCUGAAGAGAUCCAUCAGGGAAGCGAGGAAGGUCUGCCAUCCUUCCGUAAUCGUAAUUAUCAAUCCCGGCAAUCCUACCGGACAGGUGCUUACCGAAGAGAAUAUCCGCGGGAUCAUCAAAUUUGCCCACGAAGAAGGAUUGUACAUUAUGGCCGAUGAGGUGUAUCAGGAUAACGUCUACGCCCCAGGAAGUAAGUUCCAUUCAUUUAAAAAGGUCAUGACGCAGAUGGGAGCACCUUAUGAUGGACUUGAACUUGCCUCUUUCUACUCAACCUCGAAGGGAUUUAUGGGCGAAUGUGGCAUUCGGGGCGCAUAUAUGGAACUCGUCAACAUGGACAGCCAGGUUAUGGCAAUGUUGAAGAAAAUGCUUUCUGCUAAAUUGUGUCCGACUAGUGUUGGGCAGGCUUGCAUUGGAUGUGUGGUUAGCCCUCCCAAACAAGGCGAUCCUUCUUACGAAUCCUUCAUGUCUGAAAAGCAGGCUGUAUUGAAAUCGUUAGCUGAGAAGGCGAAGCUUGUUACUGACACCUUUAAUUCUAUUCCCGGUAUCCACUGCAAUACCGUACAGGGUGCCAUGUAUGCAUUCCCACGCUUAGAUUUGCCCCAAGGUCUCAUUGAUAAAGCUAAGAGUGUUGGCCAGGACCCUGACUUCUAUUACGCGCUGCAACUCCUAGAGAACACUGGUAUCUGCAUUGUUCCUGGUUCGGGUUUCGGCCAGAAGCCUGGCACGCAUCAUUUCCGAACAACGAUUUUACCGCCACCUAAGCAGAUGGAAGAAAUGAUGGUGCGAUUUAAGAAAUUCCAUACGGAGCUCAUGGAGGAUAAGUUAAAGAAUGUCUAACCUAUAUACAACAUGCUGACUGAUUCGAGUAAUUCAUGAUCGUCACACCUUGUUUGGUAUUCACAGCUUUUUCUUUCAGUUGUAGUUUGUUGGUUGUCAGUUAGUUGGUUCAGUUGUUUCGCUGUUUUAUUUCUGGCUGUUAAUCAUAUUUCAAGAUGCACUGAUGACGGGGUUGUCACUUGUGUGGGUUGCGAGUUGCGGCAUAAAAUUUGUUAGUACGAGUAAAUGGAAUUUCUUUUAAUGCAAAAUAUAUUGUUUGGGUAAAUAAAAUAAUCGACGAUUG